GGCCGGUCCCCGGUCGUCAUGGAGGCAGUCUUGACGGAGCAGCUUGACGAGGAGGAGCAGCUGGUGAGACGGCAUCGCAAAGAGAAGAAGGAGUUGCAAGCCAAAAUUCAGGGUAUGAAGAAUGCUGUUCCCAAGAAUGACAAAAAGAGGAGGAAGCAACUCACUGAAGAUGUUGCUAGAUUGGAAGCAGAAAUGGAACAGAAACAGAGAGAGGAACUGGAGCAAUUGAAGCUGACUUCUAAGGACCAAAUAGAUUCUGUUGCUGAUAACAUCUCAAACUUGGUUGUUGAGAAUCAGCCGCCUCGGAUAUCAAAAGCACAAAAGAGACGGGACAAAAAAGCUGCAUUGGAGAAGGAACGGGAAGAAAGGAUAGCUGAAGCUGAAAUUGAGAAUUUAUCUGGAGCUAGACAUGUAGAAAGUGAAAAACUUGCUCAGAUAUUGGCAGCCAGACGGUUGGAGAUUAAACAGAUUCCGUCUGAUGGCCACUGUAUGUAUAGAGCCAUUGAAGAUCAGCUGAAAGAACAGGAAUGCCCUCUGACUGUGGCUGCCUUAAGAAGUCAGACUGCUGAAUAUAUGCAAAGCCAUGUGGAAGACUUUCGGCCAUUUUUAACAAACCCUAAUACAGGAGAUAUGUAUACUCCAGAAGAGUUUGGAAAGUACUGUGAUGAUACUGUAAACACAGCUGUAUGGGGAGGUCAACUUGAGCUAAGAGCCCUGUCUCACAUUUUACAAACACCAAUAGAGAUAAUACAGGCAGAUUCUCCUCCUAUUGUGGUUGGCGAAGAAUAUCCAAAAAAACCGUUAAUACUUGUAUAUAUGAGACAUGCAUAUGGCUUAGGAGAACAUUAUAAUUCUGUUACACGAUUGGUGAACACAGCUACUGAAAAUUGCAGCUAGUUUACAACAUGUUGCACAAUUAUGUUUUAGUACAGUGUGCUGAUCUGAGUAUUCAUACCAAGUGCUGGAUUGUUCUAAAAGUCACUGAAAAACACAACUACCUUAAAUCAGUUUUAUGGCAAAGCUAUCAACAAGGUUUUAAAAAUGUAUCAGAGAUAAACUUUAACCAAUGUCCCCUUAGUGGUAUUUUAAAAACUUGUAAGUCCAUUGUGGAGAACAUCAUUUAUAGAAUAAGAUGGUACCCUGUUUGCUGAUAUUUUUAUUUAAUGCUGAACAUUCUGUUCUGCUUUGAAAUAAAUGUUUUUGUCUCCCCAUUACUAAAAGCUUUCAAUAACAAUUUCAAUGUAAUUUUUCUUGAAGAAAUGAAAUGACUCAGUCUCUUGGUCAUUGCAAUAAUAUGGUGAUGGUGAUAGCAAAUUUAAUUAAUGUUUAUAAAUGAACUUGAUACAUAACCUUGGUAUUGACGUGAUUAAUGCUGUGAAGCUUUUUAUAUAACCCCAUCAAAGUACAGCAGAGAAGCUUGCUUUAAUAAUUAAGAAUUUUAAAAUAUCUAUUCAGAUGGGAAUCAGUUAUUAAGUUUUAAGAAAUGAGACAAAUUCAAAGGUAAAUGUGUUCCCUAUCAGAUUUAAACCUCUAAAGAAUUACAGAUUAGCCUUUUAUUUGUGUAUAACUUAAAAAGACCCAACAGAUUAGUGUCUUUCUAAUUCAUUUAUUCCUUGCUGUUUCUUAAACUUCAGAAUGGAAUUAGUACCAUCAUUUCUUGAUUAUCUUCAUAACUACAAAUUUUUGUAUUCUUUCUUGUAUUUUCUCCAUCACUCCUCAGCUGUUUUGCUUUCCUUGCAGUCUUUUCCACUAAGAAACAGUUUGUGGCCUCUUGUAUUCCAUAACUUGUACAAAGUGAAGGAGUAGCAAUGUAAAAGGGUCCAAGGCCAAAUUUACUUCAACUUCUUCCUCUUUUCCGAUUUGUCUUAUAAGAUCUUUCUUUUUGCAUCAUUCUCUAGGAUUAGAAGAAAGCUUUUGUUACUUGUUAUUUUGUUAGCCUUAUUAAUGUCACCUUUCCUUUAACUCAAAUAUUUGAGAAUUUUUAUGUUACAUGUAUGGAUAAAGUUGAAAGCCACUAUUUGGGAGCUAAGAUUGUAUAGUAAAAUCAGUAUAUAAUAAUUUUGGUUUGAAUGAUGUAUCUAGCUCAGAUUUUAGGUUACUCCUAACAAUAUUCUCUCUAAGAAGAUAGUACCUAUAUAUAUAAAUGUGUCUGAUAAUUUGUUAUGUAAGGAAUUGUUAUGAAAAUGAGACCUUUUUGGUUUGAUCUAUUUUUCCCAAAUUAGAAAUAACUAGUAAGAUUUAGCAUCAAGUUUAUAAUAUUUGAGUUUUUGUUCCAUGAAUGCAGCUAAUUUUUGUAAGUAAACGUUGGGUUUAUAAUAUUAAAAAUGGGGUGUCAGUUUCACAUGCCCAGCAAGUGACAAUAUGGGAAGCUGGUAGGGACUGUAGUCAACUAGAACAAGUAAGUACUGCAUGAAACUAUUCCAAUUCAAAAGUUUAAAAACCGUUCUACCUGCCAAACAAAAUAUAUUCUGAAGGCUGCCUGUUUUGUAAUUCUCAAUCUGAAUUUUUUUGGGGUCUGAAAUUUAUAAAAGAAUGAAAUUAUAAGAUACUAAACAACUUGGCUUUAUUUUGAAGUAAUCUGUUACUUUAAAAUUAAAAGAUAAGCAUUUAGAAGUAAUAAAAUGAUAUCAUAAAACCUAGUUAUUAUAAGUUCCAUCUAUAUUUAAAAUAUUCUAAAGUAACUUAUUGGUAGCUAUUUUUUCCUAACAAGAUGAGUGGACUUUUCUUGACUAUAGGUUUAUUUUUUAUUUUUAUUAUUUUUUAUUUUUAAGUGGCCAAUAUAGUUAUGAAUAAGAUUUGUGUGAUCAGUUUCUGUUCUUUUAUAAAACUUGAGAUUAAAAUAAUUUUAACUGUAACCUAAAAUUGAAGUCUUUAAAAAAUGGCAGAUGUUAAUUUAAAAGCAGCAUAUACCAAUUUAGUUUGCUGUAUGAUGAUGGGCUAAUGGACGUUUCAUAAACUUUCUUUUGUCCUAACUCAGAAAAGUAUAUGUCAGAGUUCUGGAUUAUGUCUUUAGCCAAGAAUUUUAUCCACUUAAAUAUGUUUACAACUUGUAUAAAGCAAAAAAGAAUGUAUGUAACUAUAGUGAGCAAUAUAAUUUUGCUCAUAUUAUCUGAUGUUUGCCAAAAUGAAUAAAAGGUGAAUGAAUUAAA